AUGCCGACUUUUAGCAUCGCUACAAACCUCAAGCGUGAACAGAUUCCAGAUAAUUUCAUCCAAGAAGCAUCGAAGCUGAUUGCAUCAGAAUUAGGGAAACCAGAAUCAUAUGUUUUAGUUCAAGUUAAUCCAGAUCAGCUGAUGAGCUUCGGUGGUACAGAAGAACCGUGUGCCAACAUCUCCCUUAGCUGCAUUGGGGUGGUUGGCCCAGACAAGAAUCAAAAACUGGCUCCAAAACUCAGCAAAUUAAUUGAGCAAAAUCUUGGUAUUAAACAAAACAGCAAUAUUUUUGAUACACCAAGGUUUUGUCUAUUUUCUAGGUCUCACAUCAAUAUCUUCAAUACACCAUGA